UAGCAGGUUUGGAGGGAGAGAGGUUUAAGCCGUCCCUAGGUGAGCACUCUUUCUGUCAGGCCCCCGGCCUGGGGUGUCUUCCUUCCCUAUGGCUGGACACCUGGCAUCAGACUUCGCCUUCUGGUGGGGGUGAUGGGUCGGGAGGGCUGGAGCCCGGCUGGUGGACCCUCGGACUUGGAUAAGCUUCCAAGGGCCUCCAGGUGGGCCUGGAAUCAGGCCAGGCGUUGUUGGACCAGGCUCAGAGGUGUUGGGGAUCUCCCCUUGAUCCCCGCCGUAUGAAUUCUGUGGAGGGAUGGCAUACUGUGGACCUCAGGUUGGACUGGGCCUAGUGUCCCAAGUUUGCCUGGAGACUUUGCAGCCUGAGGAUCAGGCAGGAGCAGUAGCGGAGAGCAACUCGGAGGGGUCCUCCCCUGAGCCCAGCACUGUCCAUCCCGGUGCGGUGCAGUUGGAGAAGGUGGAACCAAGUCCCGAGGAGUCCCAGGACAUCAAAGAUCUGCAGAAGGAGCUAGAGCAGUUCGCCAAGGUGCUGAAGCAGAAGAGUAUCACCUUGGGGUACACCCAGGCCGACGUGGGGCUCACCCUGGGUGUUCUCUUUGGAAAAGUGUUAAGCCAGACCACCAUCUGCCGUUUUGAAGCGCUGCAGCUCAGCUUCAAAAACAUGUGCAAGCUGCGCCCCCUGCUGGAGAAGUGGGUGGAGGAAGCCGACAACAACGAGAACCUUCAGGAGCNGGUGAUAAUCUAUUAUUUCCUUACCAGCCUUUCUUCUUACCCUCCUUAA